UAAUUCGACAAAAAAUCAAUCAAAAUUAUAAUUUUGACUUAGAAAAAUUGUAUACUUUUUACUUAGUCUAUGUCAUGUUCUACAUUUGAAAAUAUGUCAAGUGUAUGACGUUCCAAUGUAUACUAUUCCAUAAACCAGCUGAAGCAUGUAAACCUUCCUUGACGAUAAAAUGGAUAAAUUGACUGUUGUGUCGGGGAUUCUCUUCUUCGUCGCUGAUGUUUUCGCCUUUGCCAGCCUGGUUCACCCGGAGUGGAUUGUCAGUGAUGUUAAUGGUAACAUGAGACUAGGGCUAACUCAGCACUGUCAGGUUAUCUACGGCCGGCCAGAGAUCUGCACAUUUCCCCGCCCGUCAGUCGAGUGGCUGCUUACACUGAUCCUCAUCUCUCUAGGAAUCUUCUGUCUCACAGUAACCUGCGUCCUGCAACUGAUAUCACAAUGGAAACGUGAUGUUAUCAAGUAUGCCAGAUGGAUCGCAUUCACAGCCAUGACUUUAUUUUGCCUAGCUGCAGUGAUCUUUCCUGUUGGAUUUGCCAUCGAAGAGAUAGGAGGGCAGCCAUACAAACUGCCUAACCAGACGCAAGUCGGCACAUCCUACGUACUCUUUAUACUGGCAAUAUUUUUUACUGUCAUAUCUGAGCUGUUUGCUGGCAAAGUUUGCCUCCCAAUGUUUUGAUAUGGUGGACAGGGAAUGUUAUUCAUUUGGAGCUAUUGUGUAAUACAGGAUGUCACUCUGCACACAAGUUUCUCACCUACACCUGUAGACUGAAAUGUAUACGUUGUAGAUUUUGUUAAUGACUUAAUGAAUUUACACAUUCUACCAGUGAUAACUUUCAAAUAAUGGUUAAAUCAACCUUACACAUGUGUAGUCACUAGAAUGUACAUGAAGUUACUUUCAAAAGAUGCAUUUAAUCUCAAACAGCUGGUUUAUAAUUCAAGCAUGAAAAUGGGUGAGUGAAUAACGAGGUUUUGGUACUUAAUGAAUAAUCUUGAAGGCAAGUGGCAGACAUGUGAAAGACAAGAAAUCGAUGUUCAAUGUAUAAUUGCAAGGAAUGUUCUUGAUAUAUGUCGGCUAGUUACAAAACUGUGCAUCAUUUGGUGACAAAAUGUAAAAAAACCCUAAUUAUUCCGCAAAUCAUGUACAUGUACCUUACUUACUCUUGGAAUGUAGAGUACAACCUGCAUAAUACAUGAGUACUACCUGCAUAAUACAUUUUAUAUUGGGGAACCUGCAGUUUAAAUACACAGCACUCUGAAUGAAAUACAAAGUGAUUUAUAUGCAGGUGAUAGACAUUGCAUCAAAUACUACGAUGUUGAGAGUGUACAGAAGUUGGUUUUGUCAUACAUAGGGCAAAUGGACAAUGUCUGUGUUCAAUUGUAAAACAGUACUUUCUAAAUUCUCCUAUUACACUGGUAUAAUAGGUGUUGUGCCAAAUAUUGUUCUUUUAAUCUGAUAUUCAAAUGUGUUUAUGAAAUAAAUGUAUUGUUAAAAUUUAAA